UCACAGUGACCUAUCUGACUGUCAGGUGUGUCAUCUGCUGUAGAUGCCUCAGAAGUUGAGUAGAAUAACAGGACAACACAAACCAACACAAUGCCACGCAAAAGAAAUGAUAUUGUGAUAACCAUGGAUGAUGUUGGGAUGGAUUUUGAUGGCGAGUAUGACAGCGGAAGUGACGUGGAUACAAAGAGAAGAGCUAGAGGCAGAAAUAAACCAAAGCCUGCAGCACGGGGAAAGAAAGCCAAGCCGGUGGACAGCGUGGAAGAGAGCGAAGAAGAAGAGGAAGCCCCACGGAAGAGGAAAAGCAGAAAGAAGAAGCAAGACAGUGAAGAAGAGAGUGAAGAAGAGCAGAAGGGAAGAAGAAAGAGAGGACCGGCUGCGAGGAAGAAAGCUGCCAAGAACGAUGACUCUGAGGAAGAGAGCGAGGAGGAAAAAGGAAACAGAAGAAAAGGAGGGAGAAAAGGAAUGAGGAAGAAGGAAAAAGAGGAAGAGAAUAGCAAGGAAAAGAAGGGAAAUGGCAAAGCAGUGGGCAAAGGAGGGAAAGAUAAACACGACGAGAAGGACAAGAAAAAAAUCAAAGGCAAAUUUAGCAGUUCGUCCUCGGCCAGCGGUUCAGAAGACGAGUCCCUGUCUGAAGGAGAGAUGGCACAGCUGAAAGAGGAGGUGGAGGAGAAGAAAAAGGUGAUAGCAACUCUUCGAAACAAACCCUGGCGCAUGAAGAGAAGACUCAAGUGCCUGAAAGAAGCCCAAGGGUUUGUGGAAAAAUUCGAAGGAGCCUUAGGUAAAGGAAAAGGAAGGAGACUCUAUGCAUUUAAAGUCAUGAUGACCAAGAAAUUAAUCAAGUUUAACAGAGACUUUGACAACUUUAAGACAGCCUGCAUUCCUUGGGAAAGUCGCAUUAAAGAAGUGGAAAGUCACUUUGGGUCAUCUGUUGCCUCCUAUUUUAUUUUCCUUCGGUGGAUGUAUGGACUUAAUCUUAUUCUCUUUGGCUUCGUGUUUGGGCUUGUUGUUAUUCCAGAGGUUCUGAUGGGCAUGCCGUAUGGCUCACUUCCCAGAAAAACAGUCCCCAGAGAGGAACAGGCCACUGCCAUGGACUUCUCUGUCCUAUUUGAGUUUGCAGGUUAUUGCAAGUACUCCAUCAUGUUUUAUGGUUACUACAAUCAUCAACGAACCAUUGGAUUGCUACAGUUCCGGUUACCCUUGUCAUAUCUUUUGGUUGGCGUGGGGAUUUUCGGCUACAGUCUGAUGGUGGUUAUUAGAACAAUGGCAAGAAAUGCAAAUGAAGGAGGAGAUGGAGCAGAAGAAGGUACUUUUACCUUUUCCUGGAAGCUUUUUACCAGCUGGGAUUACCUGAUAGGAAACCCAGAGACUGCCGACAACAAGUUUGCCUCCACCACCACAAGCUUCAAGGAAUCUAUAGUGGAUGAGCAGGAAAACCUAAAAGAUGAGAACAUUCACCUCCGCAGGUUUCUACGUGUUCUAGCCAACGUUCUCAUACUGUGUUGCUUGGGUGGGAGUGGCUAUCUGAUCUACACUGUGGUCAAAAGAUCUCAAGAGUUUGCUAAAAAGGACAGGAAUGAAUUGACAUGGCUUCAAAAAAAUGAGGUGGAAAUUGUGAUGUCACUGUUGGGCUUGGUGUGUCCACCGUUGUUUGAGGUUAUAGCGGAGCUCGAAGACUAUCACCCUCGAAUCGCGCUCAAGUGGCAGUUAGGCAGAAUCUUUGCCCUCUUUCUGGGCAACCUCUAUACUUUCCUGUUCGCCCUGUUUGAUGAGGUCAAUGCCAAGCUUGAAAAGGAAAAAGAAAUAAAAAAUGAAACCAUCUGGGCUCUUAAAGAAUAUUAUGCCAACUACACCUUGCAGUACAAUGUUACAGAAAAUAUUCCUCCUCCAAACAUAUCACCUGCUGAUGUCAUAAGAGGACCCUGCUGGGAGACCGAAGUGGGCAUUGAGUUUGUGAAGCUUACCGUAUCAGACAUUCAGGUGACGUACCUCACCAUUCUGAUAGGGGACUUUUUACGUGCCGUGAUUGUGCGAUUCCUCAACUAUUGCUGGUGCUGGGACCUGGAAGCUGGCUUUCCGUCUUACGGGGAAUUCGACAUCAGUGGUAAUGUACUCGGGCUCAUUUUCAACCAGGGAAUGAUUUGGAUGGGAGCGUUUUACGCCCCUGGGCUGGUGGGCAUCAAUGUAUUGCGUUUGCUGAGCUCCAUGUACUACCAGUGCUGGGCAGUGAUGGCAUGUAAUGUUCCCCAUGAAAGGGUGUUCAAAGCCUCGCGAUCAAAUAACUUCUACAUGGGGCUUCUUCUCCUCGUCCUUUUUCUCAGUCUCAUGCCUGUGGUUUACUCCAUUAUGACUCUGCCUCCGUCCUUUGACUGUGGACCAUUUAGUGGUAAGAAUAUGAUGUACGAAGUCAUUAUGGAGACUAUAGAGAAGGACUUGCCCUCGUUUAUGGCAGACAUCUUCGGCUAUGCGUCCAAUCCAGGCCUCAUCAUACCUGCUGUCUUGCUUAUGGUGUUGGCUAUUUAUUACCUGAACGCGGUGUCCAAAGCAUAUCAGAAUGCAAACAUGGACUUAAAGCGGAAAAUGCAAAUGCAAAGAGAUGAGGAGAAGAACAAGAGGAACAACAAGGACAGCACAAACCAGGUGAUGAAAGACCUGGAGGAUCUUAUGCCUAACAAGUCUCUCAUUCCCCCUCCACCUGCUGAGGAGACUGAAAAAUCUGUUGAUCCCCCCACCAAGUCACCAAAAGUGACAGGCAAACCAGGUACUGCGGCCAGUGGGAAAGGUGUCCAUGUUCAGAAGGAAGUUUCUUUGGCUGCAGCAAAUCCGCGGGCACCUGUGACUCGGCCGCCUGGUCCCAGGGCCCCUGGACCUCUUCCAGGUAAUGUUCAUGGACCCGCACCGGGACAGGGAGUGGGAAGAGGGAGAGGUGGGCCACCACCACGAAGAUAG